GAAAUUCAUACGGAAAGCACGGACAGGUUGACCAAUCAGAAUGCAGUAUGAUGUGCAAUGCUGACGGAAACACACAGACGUGUGGCGCGACUUAUAAGAACAUCGUAUACGACACUGGGUUCAGAAUGGAAGAGGAUCGUGUUAGUGCAGAUGUCGCAAAGCUUUCAUCAGGAGCUACAGUAGAAUGUUCUGCUACAUGGAACUGCAAUAACACGAUAGAUGGCGAGACCAGAGCCAUUGAUGAUAGCAUGUGGAAAGCCCACUCCCACUCUGACAUGUGGAAACUGUUGGUAUCUGGAGACGCUCAUCACGUUGACGAUUCGGCUUUAACAUCAUCU